UUUUAUAUCAAAUUUCAUGAAAUCCUACACAAAUAUAGUUUUAUCCUUUACUUAACCUUGUUAUUUCGAACUGACUGUUUUAAGACUUCUUUUAGUUUUUACUUUACUUCAGGAGUUGAUCAGUUUAAUAACGAGAAUUUAACCAAGUCUGCUACACAGCUUCAAACUAAACUUGACAAGCUCAGAGAGCAGCUAAAUAAAGCAAGAGCUCAAAAGGUUGCGUUUUCUGAGACUUAUGGAGUUACGGACAAACACUUGUUCAAAGAAGUAACUGCAGAUCAGUUGCACAAACUAACUGAAACUCGAACUAAAACCUUUCUAAACUUCACUUCCCUUCAGGCAGUCAUGCGGGCAACAAAAACCAACCAGACGUUAAGUGAAGCUCUUGGGCUGGAAAAGAGUGAUGAACUACGACUAGAACCGGAGGAGAUGGAAUAUGUAAGGGAACUCCUAGAGGAGCACAGGCUUCUCUCAGAGUCCUUCCUGAAGCACCAUGAGAUCGGCACUGAGCAGGAGUUCCAAAUUAUAGAGGCUAGGACCAAGCUGGCCGGUUUACUUUGUAAAUAUCAAGAACUCAGGAAUCAGGCUGGACCUCUACUCUUUAGUGAGUCUGAGAAGGACAAGGAACUGUUAGUUCUAGAGAAGAGGAUGAGAGAGGAGGAUCUCAGGAUUAAUCAGAUCAGAAUGAUGAUCCAGAAAAUGAUGAUAGGUGAGAAGAAGUUAGGGCAGCUGUUUGACAAGGAGACCAAUACAAGGUUUAAGGAGAUGUUCCUCAGGAUAAGGUUAGGUUCAUUCUGGGCCUAG